UACAAAACACUUUUACAUUUAUUUUUUUUUAUUUUUUUCACAAUGUUUGCAAAGGCUGCUUGCAUUUCUCUUCAUACCCUUGCGGCCAUUCUCUCGUUUCGACCACCUGCUUCUUCUAACACCAAGGAAAAAGAAGACAAGGUCAAGGAUGAAGGUCUGUUCUCAACGGUCAUACUUCGAGGAAUGCAGUUUGGGCAGUCUGCAGCCGUGAUAGUCACCGCUAUUUAUAUCCUUUUGAUGCAUCGAGGUAUCAUUCCAGGUACACUCAAACCCUGGCAAGCCUUGACAACCGCCACUGGUGUAACAGGGUAUCUGCUCAGAGCAUGGUCCUUCCGAACCUUGGAUCGAUUCUUUACUUAUUCACUAACUAUCCGAUCGGGCCAUCGUCUAGUUCAAGAUGGUCCUUACCGAUGGCUCCUUCAUCCUUCCUAUACCGGAUUGAUACUUUCAGGACUAGUUUAUAUUUUCUCGGUUGCUAAUGAAGGAAUUUGGUCAUAUGUAAUCAAACCAUUGCUACCGAUCCCGAUCCCAGGCUCAUUAUUGGUAGCAAUUGGGGCGAUGAUCGGUACUGGGCUAAUAUGGUUCAGAGUUAAAGGUGAAGAAAUAAUGCUGGAGCAACAUUUUGGACCCGAAUGGACAAAGUAUGCUGCUACGCGAUGGCGCUUCCUUCCCUUUAUUCUCUAG